GGUGGGCGGGGAUGGUGAAAGGGGGGAAGCCCCUGAAAUUAUAAAUAAGAAGUUCAGCCCCUCCCCCCACCCCAAAACUGAGAGAAAAAGUUAAAAAAAAAAAAAAGGAAUAAAAAAGUGCACUCUUGGUAAGGGCAGUCCCGGUCGUUCUUGCGGGGAGGGGUGGGGCUGGCCGCCAUCUUGGGUGUGGUGGGGCAGCAUCCUCGCACCAGGUCGCCAUGUUGGAUGUGGCAACAAAAGCGGGUUGUGCUGUUCGCCAUUCCGGGCGUGGCCGUGCUGCUGUCGCCGCCAUGUCGGGGGUGGCACGGGGGAGGGGAGGCGAUACACACCAUUUUGGGUGUGGCGCCGGGAUUGUGGCAGCCAUCGUGAGUGUGGUAUUGGUUCGUGUGGCGCCGUCUUGAGUGUGGUUUUUUUGUGGUCGCCAUGUUGGGUGUGGCGAUGGACGGACUCCGCGGCUUUUCCCGCUGCGCCGGAAGUUGCGUCGCUACUCGGCGCCAGAGAUCCCCGGUGGCGUGGGAACCGCCGCCAUGACCCGGUCCCGACGACAGGUGGAGGCGUCCCGGAAGAAGCGCGUCCAGGCCCGGCGCGCGCGUGUCGGGAUCAAGAAGGACCCGGGGGUGCCGCAGCUUGGCCGCUUCGCCGCCUUCGUGCAGCAACAGAGCAAGACCCGGCAGAAACGGGUACAGGAGGUGCAGCAGAGCUCACACCUGGCCGUGCACCUGGCGGAUGCUCUGCAGCGACAGCAACAUUUCCAGAGCCAGGAGAAGGAAGAGGAGGAGAAGCCCCCCCAGCCCCCCCAGGAUGAGGCAUCACUGCGACAGUUCGGGCGGGAGCUGCGCAAGGUGCUGACAGCAUCUGACGUGGUGCUGGAGGUGCUGGAUGCCCGCGACCCCCAGGGCUGCCGCAGCCCCCGGCUCGAGGGGGCUCUGCGGCCGCACCAGCGCCUCGUGCUCGUCCUCAACAAGAUUGAUCUGGUGCCACGGGACGUGGUGGCCGCGUGGCUGAAGCAUCUCCGGGCCGAGUUCCCCACCGUGGCCUUCAAGGCGUGCACGCAGCAGCAGAGCCGAAAUCUGAAGCAGAGCCGGGUGCCAGCAGCCACAGCCCCCGAGGAGGUGCUGGCAGGGGGAGCCUGCGUGGGGGCCGAGAGCCUCCUGCACAUCCUGAGCAACUACGGCCGCUGCGGGGGGGCCAAGACCUCCAUCACCGUGGGGGUCGUGGGGUACCCCAACGUGGGCAAGAGCAGCCUCAUCAACAGCCUCAAACGCAGCCGAGCCUGCGGGGUGGGGGCCAUGCCUGGGGUCACCAGGUGUCUGCAGGCCGUGCAGCUGGACCGGCACAUCCGGCUCCUGGACUGUCCUGGCGUCGUGCUGGACUCGGGGGACCCCCCGGCCGCUGCCCCCCUGAGGGGGGCCCUGGCCCCGCAGCGUCUGCGGGACCCCCUGACCCCUGCCUGCGCCAUCCUGCGCCGCUGCCCCACCCAGCAGCUGAGCGAGCUCUACGGGGUCCCCCCCUGUGCUGAGCCCCUGCAGUUCCUGGCCCACCUGGCUCGGCGGCAGGGCCGGCUCCGGCCGGGGGGGCUGCCGGACGCCAACGCCGCCGCCACGGCCCUGCUGAGAGACUGGACCAGUGGGAAGAUCUCAUACUACACCCACCCCCCCAAAUCUCAGGGGGUGCAGCUUGAGGCCCAAAUCCUGCCAGCACUGGGGCCAGCACUGGACCUGGAGGCUCUGGAACGGGGCGAUGCUGAGGCCCUGGCAGCUGUCCCAGUGACAGUGACAGGGCUCGGGCUUUCCCCGGGCAGUCCUGAGGAGGAAGAGGAAGGAGAAGCCAUGGAGGAUGACAGCGGUGACCUAGAGCUCGGCACAAUGACAGUGGAGCUCAAGCCCCGGGUGAAAUCAGGGGGCUCUGGGGUGGAGUCAGUGCCCCGAGCCCCCAAUCUGGAAGAAGUUGCUGCACUCCCUCCUCUGUUCCAAGGCCAAGGGCUACAGGCAGCUGGAAAAAGGAGGAAAAAGCUGCAAAAAAGAGCAGAGAAAAUUGCCACGAAGCUGUCGCAGACAUUGGAAGCAGCCAUGCAGUUCUGAGGGACCUACAAAUUAAAUUAAAAUACUAUAUUUAA